CGUGUUUGCUGCAUGUUACUUUCGCAAUCUCAGGUAGAAGUAGGUGGUAGCACAUAGUUAAUUUCCGUCUGAGUAAUAAGCAUGUUUUGAUAACACCGAGCAACAUAUUGUUUGUACGCUGUCCACUAGUUCUAUUGAUUGGUAAAUAAAGUAUGAGCUACCAAGGAAACUACAAUCAACCGCCCCCUGGUGGAUAUUAUCAGGGUAGUACAUAUUAUCCACCGCCACAACCUCAAGGUGGCGCUUAUUACCCACCACCACAACCUCAAGGUGGCGCUUAUUACCCACCACCACAACCUUCUGGUGGUUACUACCCUCCUCCUCCUCAGCCUCCACCACCAGGAGGUUAUUUGCCCCAAGGUCAACAGCCCGGUGCUACUACAGUAAUUGUGCGAGAAGAAAAGAAAGACAAUUGUGGAAGAGACUGUUGUUUAUGUGCUUUGUGUCUUGCAUUAUGCUGUUUCUGUUGUGAUGACUAAACUAUUGAGCACCACAAAUCAACACCUAGAAACGAUAACGUUUCCCCAAAAUCCUAUAAUGCAACAAAAGGAAAAACAAACAACUUAAGUUCAGUUGUAAAGCGAAAGCUGUUAAGCCGGAAGAAAAAUCUGAUUUUGAAGGACAUAAGCUGACCUAGAUCUUUUGUAUCUUUGUUUUUUGGAUAGUUGCAAUCCUUAUAGUUAGAGGGUAUAUACUAAAUAACUUCUGAAUAUUUCUUUAUCUUAGUAUGUUAUCUAAGCAAAAAUUCAUUUUGUAAAUAUGACUUUUUUAUUGGCAGUUGAUGAAAAAAUGAUAAAAUAAUGUUUCGAUAAUAUUCUCCUCAAAGAAUAACUUGUAACUAUUCUGUCAAACCUUCCUAAGAGAAUAUGGGAACAAAUGAAACUUUAGCACAGUAAGCCUAAAUAAGUAAUUGUUUGAAACCAUGCAAUGGUUUUCAUUAUUGUUUGAUGUUUCCUUGUGACUUGGUUAUAAAAAGUAUGUGUAAUUAUGAAUAUAAACUAGUUAGAUAUAUAAAGCAAUAUUAUAGGUUGAUUACAUUUUUUGGAAAAUUUAAAUUUUUUAUCGAAAUAUAUUUUAAAUAAAACGAGAUAUCAACGUUU